UUAAAAGCUGUGAUAUCGGGAAGCAAAAGCGCUCUGCAGGGACGCUGUGUUUUAUCGGAUCCCGUUUUACAUGGGCGAGCAGGGUGUGCGGAGGCCGCGGCUCGGGCCCCGCGCUCCGCGGGCGCUGCUCACCGCUGCCCGGCCUCUCUCCGCAGGUGUUUCGGGACCAAGUGCGCGGGCUGUGCCCAGGGCAUCUCCCCCAGCGACCUGGUCCGCAGGGCGCGGAGCAAAGUGUUCCACUUGAACUGUUUUACGUGUAUGAUGUGUAACAAGCAACUCUCCACCGGCGAGGAGCUCUACAUCAUAGAUGAGAACAAGUUUGUCUGCAAAGAAGAUUACCUAAAUAACAGCAAUACUGCCAAAGAAAACAGCCUGCAUUCAGCCACCACCGGCAGUGACCCCAGCCUGUCCCCCGACUCUCAAGACCCCUCUCAGGACGACGCCAAGGAUUCGGAAAGCGCCAACGUGUCCGACAAGGAGACGGGGAGCAACGAAAACGACGACCAGAACCUGGGGGCCAAGCGGCGGGGACCCCGCACCACCAUCAAAGCCAAACAGCUAGAGACUCUGAAAGCCGCCUUCGCGGCCACCCCAAAACCCACCCGGCACAUCAGGGAGCAGCUGGCACAGGAGACCGGCCUCAACAUGCGGGUCAUCCAGGUACCGCCUCCGGGCACCGGGCACGGCUCCGGGGGAUGCGGGGGAGAGGAGGGGACGGUGCCCGGCACUCUCCGCACUGCGGGGCCCGGGGAAGCCCCGGCAGCCUUUGAAAUCGUUAUUACCGAGGCGUUCCCGGGGCUUCCCGGGGCUUCCCGGGGCUUCCCGGUUGCCCAGCCCCGGCCGUUCGGCGGAGACAGAGCCGCGGGUUUAUUCGCAAAAGUCCUAAAGAAGCUGCAAACAGUAUCGAAAUUAAUAACCAGAAAUGUGAGGGGUUAAUGGGUAAAUAAGAAUGACAACGCGCUGGAAUUAUUAAAAGGUUUAUAAACCCGCAGCGCCGGGGUAAUGGGGGGUUAAAGGACCAUUACAGACGAGGUUAGAUUGGAGAGGCUCAGUGUGAGGGUAAUUAGCAGUAAUCUUGUCAGAGUAAUAAGAAUUAACUCAAUCAUUCUUGACCCGCAGUCGGUGGGGAGCGGGGCCGCCGUCACGCGUGGGUUCGGCCGCGCUUGGAGCGCGACUCGGGGCACAUCGGGCAAGAGAGAGCGGGAAAGAGGAAAAGCGCAGCCCCGGGAUGGAGAUGGGG